AUGUCCUCCUCCAGCUCAGUCUACAACCCUACUGGUGUACGCACAUCCACCGCCCAGGAUCCCCCACCCCCAGUCCAUCCCACCUUUUCCAUCGCCGAUCCGCUCGACGCAAUCAGGCGUCAAUUUGAUUCACUACAGACAGACCUUGCGCGGGUACGCAGAGAAAAGGAGGAAAUGGAGGCAAAGCUAAACGCCCAAAUUGCUGAGCUCAACACGAUCCGAAAGUCCUUGUUUGACUUGGAAGAAGAGCACACGAGGAUCCGUCAGCAGUACGAGGAGGAAUUACACCGUCUGCGGUCAGAGACCGUGGCGAUACAAUCUGCUGCUGCUGCUCCUCCGCCGCACCAAUCCACACCAGCACCCGGAUUUUCGGGUCGUCCCCGCGGCCCCGGCGUUUCGGAGGCAUCACCCAGGCUCACGAGUACGAGCCAACAUGAAACCUACUAUCAACUAGACAAACGGCCCAUGAGUCGAGGGCUCCCCCCACCAGGCGAGCGCACGCCGAUGGAGCAGCAUACAAAGCUUAGCAGAGCCAGGUCCUCUGAAAGGGACCAACCCGACUCUGAUCAGCGCGAGUCUAAAAGACGCAAGGCACGGAGGGAGAACCAACUGGAUAUGUAUCCACCGCCGAUGGGCCCGCAGUCUUAUCAUUCAUCGUCAUCUGCGCCAUCUGGCGUCAAGCCUCAGUCGUCAUCAUAUAACGAUUCUAUAGGGUAUUAUCGCUUCCCGGGACAGGAGGGACAGCCUGGUCCCAGUACCUCGGCGCUCCCACCCAUAAACCCCAAUCCCCCUAAUCCUGUCUUCAAUAGCCUCAAUCCGGACACCCUACCCCCCGAGUUCAAGAGGUUUGGUUCAGAUUGGUUUGCACUCUACAAUCCGAAAGUAAGAAAGACGCUCGACGUCAAUCUGGUACACACCUUUUCGCACGACACCGUUCUUGCAGACGAGACGGCUCGCCCCGAGAAAGACUUGUACAUUCGGAGCGUGCGUUUUAGCCCCGACGGCAAGUACCUCGCGACAGGUGCAGAAGAUUGUAUUGUUAGAGUCUGGGACAUCGCAAAGAGGCUCGUCCUCCACCGCCUCGAGGGGCACACGCAGGAAAUCUACUCGCUCGACUUCUCGCCCGACGGGCGAUACAUCGUCUCCGGCUCAGGCGACCGCACAAUGCGGAUCUGGAAUAUCACCAACAACACCUCACAGACCAUCACAAUCUCCGAUACCGACACUCUGAGUAACGACGCGGGCGUGACCUCCGUCGCCAUCUCGCCGGACGGCUCGCUCGUUGCAACCGGCACGCUCGACAGCCCCGUGCGCGUCUGGGACGUCGCCACGGGCACACUGCUCGAGCGUCUGCGCGGCCACGGCAACAGCGUCUACAGCGUCGCGUUCUCCGCGGACGGCAAGGGCAUUCUCAGCGCCAGCCUCGACAAGACGCUCAAGUACUGGGACAUCAGCCACCUCGUCGCCGCCUUUGCCAACCGCGUGAAGCCAGAUCCGCAGUCGGGCAUCAGCAUACCCGCUCACCCGCCCUCAGCCUGCACCAUCAACUACGUCGGCCACAAGGACUACGUGCUUGCGGUAUGCGUGUCAAGCGACAACCGAUGGGUCGUCUCAGGGUCCAAAGAUCGCACCGUCCACUUUUGGGACCUCAAAUCCGCCACCUUGCAACUAACCUUGCAGGGCCACAAAAACUCUGUCAUAUCGUUAAACAUGAAUCCCCUUGGAGGUAUGUUCGCUACUGGCAGUGGUGACAACACAGCGAGAAUUUGGACGUAUUCCACUACUCCAUCAUGA